AUGGAUAGGUUCAAUCUUAAUAGUCAGCUUGAACACUUACAAUCCAAAUAUGUUGGAACCGGGCAUGCAGACACAAAUAAAUUCGAAUGGAUGGUAAAUCAACAUCGAGAUAGUUAUGCUUCAUAUAUUGGACAUCAUUCUUUAAUCUCUUAUUUCGCUGUAGCGCAAAACGAAAGUAUUUCUAGAGUAAAAUUUGAAUUCGUGGAAAAAAUGCUGCAACCUUGUGGAUUGCCUGUUCCUAGGGAUGAAUAG